AUGUCUGAUAUUUUAUCUACACCACAAACUACCCAACUUGAAGCUAUUCCUGUCGAUCUAACUCCUUUGGAUAUUCCAGAUUAUAAAAAUAUUUGUGCUUUCACGAUUGAUAAUGUAUGUACUCCUGAAGAAUGUGACGCUCUAAUCAAACUUUCUGAAACAGACGGUUAUGAACCAGCAUUAGUAAAUAUUGGUGGGGGUCAACAACAACUAGUGACUGAUGUACGUAAUAGUUCACGUUACAUUAGGGAUGAUGUUAAACUUGCUUCUGAUUUAUGGUCACGAAUAUCAAAAUUUGUACCGGCUACUUGGACAAAAGAAUCAUUUCCUGUUGUUGGGUUAAAUGAAAGAUUAAGGUUUUUAAGAUAUGAUCCUGGAGAAAGUUUUAAACCACAUCAAGAUGGACCUUAUCAACGCCCGGAUGGAUCAGAAACAACUUAUGUUACUAUACAAUUAUAUUUAAAUGAAGAAGGAUUAGAAGGUGGUGAAACUUCAUUUUUAAACUUUACAGGGAAAAAAGUAAAAGUUGCUCCGAAAACUGGAAUGGUACUAGUUUUUGAACAUCUCUUGUUUCACGAAGGUUCCGAAGUCCUGAAAGGAAGAAAAUAUGUUAUAAGAACUGACGUCUUAUAUAAAACUGAUAAAUAUCGUCAAGUAACCUUGAAUAAACCAGAUCCAGCGCCCAAGGGACACAUUGUUGUUCAUUCAAUGUCUAUCAUUGAUUCCAUAUCCGAUUUUGGAUCUUUCCCUCGUGUAUCUUUUUUACCCUCAGCUGUUGUUUCUACACCUGUUAGUGUUUAUACAACAAGUGGUCUAAAGUUUUCUCAAUUCCCUACCUCGAGGAAGAAUUCAAAUAAUAGUGUUCAAUUUUCUGACAAAGAUAUGGCUCCUCCUGUCUUGUCGAGUAUAAAUCAACCCGUUUCUGAAAUAAAACAAAAUAUGGCUAGGCGUUUUAGUUGGAGAGUUGGUCCUAAAAUUCCUAAAUUUAUAAGAUCCUCUUCAACUCAAGAUACUUGUUCAAUUACGGAACAUUGGGAGUCAAUUAAUCAAAUCGAUUAUAAGAAUAUCUUGGAUGAAAAUUCUGGAAUAAAUGGAGAGAAUAAUCCUAUAUCGAACAAAAUCAUUGGUGGUGCUCCAUUAUUAAUCUCUAAUAUUGGAAAAACGUCGUCUUCAACUACAAAAACUCAAAAAAAGAAUGUUAGAGCUGGAUCAAAAUCUUUACCUAAAAAUAUCUUUCGUUUUCUUAAGAAAGAUAAACCUCCAGAAAUUGUUACUACCCCUUCACUUUCUCCUCCUUCUGUUAGUCAAUUUUCUUAUGUUUCUCCUCCACUUACCAUCCCCAAAAAAACUAGAAAAAAAAGAGAUUCUCGUCCAAAAAGCGGUAGUUUUGCUUAUACUAAACAAACUUUAGCCAACGUUCUAUUACGUAGAGUACGCAAUAAGUCCUCUCCUGAAUCAACUGCCAAUGAUGCAUUAACUUAUACAAGCUUUCCGGAUCCUGAUCCGGAAGAUUAUGUUAACAUUUAUCCUUGGGAUUUACCUGACUCAAUAUCGGCAACUGAAGCUGCUGGUGGUGUAUUGCAGAUGAUUGAAUAUGAUGGGAUAUAUAUAAAUG